AUGCAGAACGACGCCGGCGAGUUCGUGGACCUGUACGUGCCGCGGAAAUGCUCCGCCAGCAACCGCAUCAUCGGCGCCAAAGAUCACGCGUCCAUCCAGAUGAACGUGGCCGAGGUUGACAAGGUCACCGGCAGGUUCAAUGGCCAGUUUAAGACCUACGCCAUCUGCGGGGCCAUCCGCCGGAUGGGCGAGUCGGAUGAUUCCAUUCUGCGGCUGGCCAAGGUCGACGGCAUUGUCUCAAAGUAA